CAAACAUAAUUUUGCAGAGGCACGGCGGGCGGCGCCGAUCAAUGGAGAUCUACGGCGAUGAUAGAUAGUUGACAAAUUUGAUUUAACCAGUAUAUUUACGAUUUUACGCUAUCAGAUUAUUGAUCGUAAAUCCGUGUGAAAUUUGAAUUGACAAGAUGGACCGACGAAAGCUGUCGACUCAGGGAGAUUCCUUGUAUGAACUGCUCAGCUUACCUAAGACAGCAACUCAGGAAGAAGUAAAGAAGACAUACAGAAGAUUGGCACUGAAGUUUCAUCCUGACAAAAACCCAGACAACCCUGAGGCUGCUGAAAAGUUCAAGGAGAUCAACCGCGCGCACGCCACGCUCAGCGACCCGAUCAAGCGCAACAUCUACGACAACUACGGCUCGCUGGGGCUGUACAUCGCCGAGCAGUUCGGCGAGGAGAACGUCAACACCUACUUCCUGGUGACGUCCGGCUGGUGCCGCGCCCUGUUCGUCUUCUGCGGCGUCAUCACCGGCUGCUACCUGUGCUGCUGCUUCUGCUGCUGCUGCAACUUCUGCUGCGGAAAGUGUCGGCCGGCACCGCCCGACGAGUCGGGAGCGUACCAUAACCUCAACCCGGAGGGAGGCGCUGUUGUCACCGAACAGCCGCGCUCAGCCGUCAGUGGUCAGCCAGUCGCUGCCCCCGCCGCCGGGGUCGGUAAGGGUGACAAUGAGGAGGACGUGGAUCUGGAGGCGGGCGCCGCCGAGGAGCCCGUCACCAACCAGCCGCAGGCGUUCGCCAUGCCGCCGCCGCCGGCCGCCGCACCCUCCCCGAUGGGAGGCGCCAACCAGAGCCAGCCGGGACUGUCGCAUCAGUCGAGCAACCCCAACAAUCCGUUCACGAUGGGCGCUGCCGAGCCGGCCACUGGAGGAUACGGUCUGCAGUAAUGGCCCGACUCUCUUAAUGCGGCUCGCACCUGCUGUGCGGAGGGCGGCGGGCGCCUGACGACCGCCGGCGCCCCGUCCCGGUCUCUUCACACCCUGACACCGCCGCCCGCCGUGAGUCGACCCCGCGCGGGUCCCCGGGCACCCCCACACCGGCAUACAGACAUCAGUUACAGCGCGGUACAGUUCAGUGUCGAUUUACUUUGUUCGGCGACACUGCGCGGUCGAGGUAGGUAGGUAGUGAGGCGGUUUCGAGUCGGUUUGUGUUAUUCUAUGAUUCACAUAUCCACAGUGGGAGGUUCUGUGUGCGUCACCGGCCGUCUGCCGUGACGUUAUAGGAGCUCAGUGUUUGCCGCCGGGCCAGCAGAAAAUCGUCGAUCGUGUGGACGUGUUGUUGGUGAGAGCAAUAUUGGAUGGCCCGCUGCGCCGCCAAAUAGGCCACGUUGAACAUUCCCCUCGUAGAUCAGGAUAAAUUAGAAAACUAGGCGGUUUAAACAGGUGCCUAAUUGCAAAGACGACGGCACGUAGUUCUUCGUGUUGAAUAUUGCAAUGAUUACCUAUAUUAUAUUGACAAGGUUGAUGUUCUCGAUUUCGAUCGAUUAAAAGUUAAUCAACAAUUACUAGAAGACCAUAAGAACGACCUUACAUUAGGUUGUGAGUCUAGUCGAAUUUAUCGUUUAGCACAGUUUAUUGGAUUUAAAACUUUGGUACCUUCAUUCUGAUCUUGACACUUUGUCGGCCCAAUCACCCAGGCCAGGCCAGUCUGGUCUGUCUAGUCUGGUCUGGUCUGUGCGGUCUGUGUUCUGACGCGAGUUUCGCACUACCGUCGCGCCCCCUGUAUGUAUGAGAGGCUCCAGCGCGCGCCGAGCGCCCUAGUGGCCACCGGCGCUGACACGGGCCCGCCGGGUAAUCCCCCGCGCCCGCUCCGGUGACCCGGCCGUCUGUUGUCUUCAAUCACCGCGGCGUAUGAGAGGGCUCGGUGCUAGUGCGCUCCAACUGUCCGCGCUUGUACAUUCAUUUUGUUGCUACUGUGAUGUCAUGCGUUUUCGAAUCCAUGAUUAUCUUUUCAUGUGGGUAUUUAUUUAGCUAUGAUAGUGGAGCUGUCGUUUUGUGAUUAUCCUAGUCGCUUCGAUCAGCAGUAUUCGGGCUAGUUUUGAUCCGAUGUAUUUGCGAAGCCUCUUCUCGUGUGCGUGAUACUUCCAAUUCCAGGUAUUCUCGUAAAUCUCUACCCUAGUCUAGCUUCCGCGGCGUUUUGCCAUGCCUGCCUCUCCUCUUAGCUCGACGUUCUUCUUCUCCUUCUAGCCGCUGCCCCGGGAGCUCCCCGCUUCCCUGGCUCGGGGUCGUUUUGCCGUGUCUAUUAUUUCAAACUCUGGUCGGUAGUCGAUGAGCGUGUGUCUGUCUGUGUCUGCCCGUGCCUGUUAAUAGACGAAUCGCUUUGGCGGCGAGUGAA